CCUGGCGAGCCCAGGCGCCCCGCCGUCUCACCGGCACUCGGGGCGGCCCCGGGCUGCUCUGGAGAGGCCGCCGCGCUUGGUGUGGCGCAGCAGCUGCGGCUGACGGCGGAGCAACCGCCUGUAGGGUCCGCGUGCCUGUGUUUGCGUCUGGAUAUGUUAAAGUGAAAAUACCUUUUGGAGACAAAUAUCUUGAUGCUAUUUUUUCUGUCCCAAAGAAGAAAUCGACAUACGGCGUGAUUCUUACUCAUGGAGCUGGAGGAGAUAUGAAUUUCCCUCACUUAGUGUCUUUGGCAGCCUAUCUUGCAUCCCAUGGAGUUCUGUGCCUGCGAUUUACUUGUAAAGGCCUUAACAUUGCUUAUAGGACUAAGGCCUUCAAAACAGUUGUGGAAUACUUAAAGCUUUCUGAUGAUUAUAAACUUUCGGGUGUCUUCCUUGCAGGCCGUUCCAUGGGCUCACGAGCUGCUGCCUCUGUGAUACGUCAGCUUAGCCAGGAUGAUGAUGAUGACGACUUCAUUCAAGGUCUAAUAUGUUUAUCUUACCCAUUGCAUCGACCAAAACUCCAGUCCAAGCUCCGGGAUGAAGAUUUAUUAUUUAUCAGGUGUCCGGUGCUGUUUGUCUCAGGAUCAGCAGAUGAAAUGUGUGAAAAACAAUUGCUAGAAGGUGUGGCAAGCAAAAUGAAAGCCCCUAAAAAAAUCCAUUGGAUUGAUAAAGCAAACCAUGGGAUGGCAGUCAAAGGACGAACAACAGAUGACAUCAUGGAAGAAAUAAAUGCCCAAGUUUUUUCUUGGCUUAGAGAGAAUAUUGAACUCGAGCACAAAUGAUUUGCAGUGUUUAAGCAAUAUCUUCAUUUAGCUUUUCCUAAAUGCGGCAAACUAGAGUUUGUUAUUUCUGAGAGGUGUAUUUUUUAAAACAUAUUUUCAGAGAUCUAAGUGUAAAUGCAAAUAAAACUUUUUUUGUAUGAAUGAAAAAAAUUACGCAAAACAAUAAAGAACUGUUUAAAGGAAGGACAGAAAACUUACAAAAUAUUUAAUAUCAUGGCAGCAUUGUUUUCUGUGUUUCUAUGCAAAUAACUGUAUACAACACUUAGUAAUGCAGAGCACUAAGUAAAUGCUUUUGACUAAUAUUUUAAGCAAUAUACUGGGAAAAAAUUUAUUUUGACAGCUGUCCUGGUUUUGCCUGGGAUAGAGUUAAUUUUCUUAGUAGCUGGUACAGUGCUGUGUUUUGGAUUUAGUGUGAGAAUAAUGUUGAUAACACUCCGAUGUUUUAGUUGUUGCUAAGUAGUGCUUAUCUUAAGCCAAGGACUUUUCAGUUUCCCAUGCUCUGCCAGCGAGCAGGUGUGCAAGGAGCUGGGAGGGAGCAUGGCCGGGGCAGCUGACCCGAACUAGCCAAAGGGGUAUUCCAUACCGUGGAAUGUCAUGCCCAGUAUAUAAACAGGGGGGAGUUGGCCAGGAGGGGCGGAUUGUGGUUCUGGCAUUGGUCAGCGGGUGGUGAGCAAUUGCAUUGUGCAUCACUUGUCUUUUCUUGGGUCUAAUUUCUCUCUUUUUUUUUUUGUUAUAUUCCUUUUCAUUACAAUUAUUAUAUUUUUAUUAUUAUGAGUUAGUAUUAUAUUUUAUUUUACUUCAGUUAUUAAACUGUUCUUAUCUCAG